AUGUAUGGUCGCCACCCAACCGCAGUGAAGGUAGCUGAAGCCGCCCAAACAAACACAUCUAAAACAUAUUUUGGUUCGGUUUUCGUAAUGGAUGAUCCUCUAACUAUACUUCCCGAUAUAAGGUCGAAGAGAAUAGGUUAUGCGCAGGGUAUGACCGCAUCCGCAUCUCAAACGGAAUUAGGACUGUUGAUGAUUCUCCAUUUUGUGUUUACGGAAGGAGAAUAUAAUGGAAGCACGAUUAGUAUCUUAGGACGUAACCUUGUGUUUUCGGAUAUAAGGGAAAUGCCUGUGGUUGGAGGCAGUGGUGCGUUUCGAUUUGCUAGAGGAUUCGCUGAGGGAAAGACUCAUUCAUUAGAUGUUAAGACUGGAAAUGCUGUUCUUGAGUAUAAUGUAUUUGUCUUGCAUCCUUAA